GCAGCGCUGUUCAGUCUUUUGGAAAGGGUUCAAAGCGGCGACGUGUCUGUUUCGGACGCUGCCGGCGAAUUGCGAGACCUGCCGUACCAGGAUUUAGGAUACGCACGGUUGGACCACCACCGUCCGAUUCGCACGGGAUGGCCGGAGGUGGUGUUCGGCGAAGGGAAAACACCCGAACAGAUUGCCGGUAUUGUCCACGCGAUGGCCGGGCGUGGUUUUCCCGUGUUGGUUACGCGGGCAUCAGUCAGGGCGUUUGAAGCCGUCAAGCAAUUGUUGCCCGCAGCGGAGUUUCACCGGGAGGCUCGAUGCAUCGUGGCGCCGGAUGGAUCGGGUGGGGCCGCAAAGAUGGCAGGGGCGCUGGUGAUGACCGCCGGCACGGCUGAUGCACCGGUGGCCGAGGAAGCCGCGCUAACGGCCACGUUGAUGGGAUGUGACGUGACACGCAUCAACGAUGUGGGCGUUGCUGGGUUGCAUCGUUUGCUGGACCAGAGGGAUCGGCUGGAGGAGGCGCGGGUCAUUGUGGUGGCAGCCGGGAUGGAGGGCGCGCUGGCAAGCGUUGUUUCCGGAUUGGUGUCGGCGCCGGUGAUCGCGGUUCCUACGAGCAUUGGGUACGGGGCCAGCUUCGAUGGCAUCGCGGCGCUGCUGGGCAUGAUGAACGCCUGCGCGCCGGGAGUGGCGGUGGUCAACAUAGACAACGGGUUUGGCGCUGGAUAUCUGGCGGCCCAGAUUCUGCACAUGCCGGCGCGUGGCGAGGUUGCCGAGGAUCACGUCGGCGGUGAAUAA